AUGAUAGCCUUAAGUAGAAGAGAUUAUCCAGUUACUACUUUUAAUUUCCAAGGAGUCCAGAAGUUUAAUAUUAAUUUAAGAAAUCAAAAUAAUGAUCUAGAUGUAAUUUAUUGUAUAGACUGGAUCACAAGCAGUAUCAACUCAUCAAAUAUGUAUUGUGGUGGUAAGAAUGUUAUAUACUGCUAUAAUAUAAAUAAAGAUAUAUAUUAUAGAUUCUGUUUAUCUAAAAGAUCUGAUAAGGCUAAGUUAAAACAAAAAGGACUUGUAUCAGCUGUAACAAUGAAAACUACAGGUAUUGGAUCAAAUUCUGUUAUUGCAAGUGGUACUUUCUCAAGUUCUAUUUGGCUUCAUGAUUUAAAUGAUGAUUCUAGCCAUGUACAGUUAUUUGAUAAUAAUAAUCAACAUUUUAAGAAAAUGGGUGGUAUAACUAAACUAGAAUGGAUUAAAACAUACAAUAACGUGGAUUUUUAUAUUUUAUCAAGCCACCGUAAUGAUAAAUAUCUUAGAAUUUGGGAUGUUCGUAAUCCAAAUAAAGUUCUACAUUAUUUGGAACGCCCAUCAAGCACUAGUCAACGUUAUGGGUUUGAUAUGAAUUUAGAUAUUGGAAAUUCAAUUAAUAUUAUAGCUGGUGAUUCUCAAGGUUUCUUAUCGUUAUAUAAUAUAGAUAUCAAUAAUAAUGAGAUAUAUUCAAGUUUAAAUAUAAAUCAAAAUCAAAACUAUAAAGAUACUUUAAUUACAAAUAAUCUCCAAUCUAAUCAUAAAGUAAGAAAUAUACAAAAAUAUCCAAAUAUUAAAUUACUUAUUAAGGAACAAAUUGACACUAUUUCAGUACCAUUUGUUCUUGUAAAACAUAAAAAACUUAUUUGUACUUUAUCUGGUGAAAGACUAAAUAGUAUAGAUAAUCUGGAGAAAACAAGUACAAAUAUCAACUGUAAUACUAAAAUUCAACUAUGGUAUAUCUGUUAG